GAGAGAGAGAACAGGAGGAGAGAGAGAGGGGGGGGAAUAGGAGGAGAGAGACAGAAUGAGACACCCAAAACAGAGAAAGUAAAAAUGACUCUAGGACAAGUCCAGACUGUCAAUGGAAAAACCAACAGAUUGAGAGAAAGACUGAAAGACAGAAAACAAACGAUUAAAAAAAGAAACCUAAAAAAAAGAGGAAAGGAAGUGUGACCAGCACCACAGCACAGCUGACCCAGUUCCGACCCAGUACAGAAGAGGCCUGCCUUCCCCUGCGAUGGACUAUGAACCCAAGAAAUCCAAGAAGGGCUUCGUGUCUCCCAUUAAGCGGCUGGUGUUUUCCAAGUCAGGUCGGCGGCAGGUGGAGCGAGGCGGGGUCUACCGCCGUCCUCUGCACACCGUCCCCCUAUACCCCCCGGACUACCUCAUCCACCCCGAGAGACUCAUAUUCGACUACAUCGAGAAGGAGGUUAAGUUCCUUGGUCACCUGACCUGGGUGUCAUGUUCGCUCAACCCCUCCAGUCGAGAUGAAUUGCUUCAAUUACUGGACACAGCCAGGCAGUUGAAGGUGCUGCCACUGAAGACCAGUGCAGAGCAGGACUGUAUCCUGAGUAUGUCUGCUCGAUGUCUGCUGCUGACCUGGAGAGACAACGAGAAACUGCUACUGAGGAUCCCAACUCAUGAGAUCGCUGCUGCCUCCUAUCUGAGAGAUGACGCACUGCACCUCCUGGUGCUUAAAACAGGUCUGAACGUGGACACGGUGGUUGCCGGGGGGGACAGCUUGGAGAGGAAGCAGCCGACUGGCAUCAAUGGGCGGCGCCAAACCAUGAGCUGCAACGCUGACCCCCGGCCCGCGGGGGGCACCAUGGAGCGCAGGCACACCAUCUGUGGCGUGGACUGGAGGCCCUCACUGUCCAGGAGAGAUCAUGACAAAACACAGAACCUGGAGAGAGGAGGAGACCGAGGAGGAGGAGGAGGAGGAGGAGGAGGAGGAGGAGGAGGAGGAGGAGGAGGAGGAGGAGGGAGCUUGGAGAGGAAGAGGGUCGGGGGGAGCUGGGAGAGGAGGCAGCCCACACGUAAGCCGGGAGGCAGCUGGGAGAACCGCGGCGGGAGGCCCAUGAGUGGCAGCUGGGGGGUGGGGACAGGAGGAGUGGGCGGUGGAGGCAGCUGGGAGAGGAGGCAUGGAGGAGGGGGCGGGGGGGUGGGAGGAGGAGGAGCGGGCGGGAAGGCAGGAGGAGGAAGCUGGGAGAAGAGGGGAGUUGUCGGGGGAGGAGGUGGCACUGGCGGGAGCUGGGAGAGACGGCAGGCCUGCACAGGGAGCUGGGAGCGGGGGAGAGGCUACGGUAGCUGGGAGAGGAGGAACCACAACCCGCUGGAGCCCACGCCAUGCCCAGAUGCCUACUGCAACCUUGUUAUACUGGCUGUGGAGAACAGGGAUGCAGCGGAGGAGUACUGCUCUUUGAUCUGCCAGAUGUUUCAGAUCAUCUACGGCCACCAGACUAUAGAAUGCGUGGACAGGGCGGGAUUCCAUUACACCAUGCCUGACCGCUAUUGGCUACAGAGGAGUGACAGCUGUCUGACGGACAUGUCCUACAGUUAUGAUGCUGAUUUCAGUUGUUGCAGCUCCUAUGAUGGCUCUCAGGAGGCGUAUGACCUGUACUACAGUGAGACUUACAGCGAGGGUUCCUCUGUGUCUCUCCAAGGCUCCCAUCGUUGCCUGGCUUCUCCCAGCGACCAUGAAGACGCCAACCCCGCGCUACUGCUCAUGCAGGAGUACAUGAUCACUCUGCGUAGUAAGCUGAGUCCAGGAGAACUGCAGCAGUUUGCGGUCCUGCUGAGAGAGUACAGGCUGGGAGCUCCCAUCAGCCAGUUCUGCUCUGAGCUGUUGCAGCUUUAUGGAGACAUCCGAAAGUUCCUGCUGCUGGGUAUGCGUCCAUUUAUCCCCGACAAGGAUGUGGGCGUGUUUGAAAGUUUCCUUGAAGACAUCGGGAUCCGGGAGGGGGGGAUUUUAACCGACAGCUUUGGACGCAUUAAGCGGAGCAUGAGCAGUACCUCUGCCACAGCCAUGCGAGGGUACGUCACUAUGGCCUGAACAGUAGGAUGGCAGAGGGGGGAGGGGGGGCUUUGAGUUUCCAAUUAACCCCCCACAACCAAAAGGUCCCAAGUUUUAACCCCUCCAAUAACCAACGUUCCCUUGAGCAGGAUGUAAACCCAUACCACACCAGGCUUA